UCUUCCUUUUUCUUAUAUCCAUGGUCUUUCUCCUCCCCUCUUCUUCUGCUUCGCUAAUUUCUAGGGUUUGCGGUCCCCUCGCCUUCCGAUCUUUCCCCAUCCCCGAUCCCAACGCUAAUCCCGAAGACGUGGCCAUAGGAAGGUACGCUUUUUCUAGCAAUUCGCGCUCUGAUCUUUAUGUUUGAGCUUUUUCCGAGAAAUUUCGUUGGGUUUUCAGUGGAGUCACCCGCGUUUUUAAUUCCUUAUGGGCGGAGGAAUUCGGGAUUUUGAUAAAAGCUGGCAUUGAGAUUUGAAGAAUUCUAUUGUGGAUCUUUGUAAAUUGUGCUAGGUUUAAGUUGUUGUGGUAGGUUGAGUUAAUGGAUUUGAAGGAGGAUAAAUCGAAAUCUAUGUUGGAGGAGGUGGGAGAGAGGAAGAAGAGUGAAACCCUAGGAAAGAUGGCACCUUCAGUUGGAAAUAAGGUGGAGGUCAAUGGCGAUAUUGGUCCGGAGGAACAUAUUAAGAACCAUUCCCCGGUUGAAACAGGGGGUGCUGAUGGAGUUAGGGAGGAGAUAGGGAGCGUGUCUUCUUCUGAAGCAAUUUUGUUGUCUCCGGCGGAAGCAAAAGUGAACGGGGAUGGAGUUGGAGUGGGGCAUACGGCUGGUUCGCUGUCAAGGACAAUUGUAUCUCCUCCAAUUGCUGCUUCUGAGGUGGUGGCAUCGAAGCCAACGCCUACGAAGGGGUAUGGAUUAAAGAAAUGGAGGAGAAUAAGGAGAGAUUUGAAUAAGGAUGGAACGACUGGUGCUGAUUCUGCUCAGAUUCUUAAACGCAGGCUUCCGCUCGUGGAGACUCAGAAGGCUCGGGAUGAGCACAAGCAGAAGAGUGAUGGUGAGGAUGAAGGCGAGGGUUCAGUGGCUUCUAUGGAGUCGAGGAAUGCCAGAGGGUCUCCCCUUGCAGUUGCUGGUGGCACUUUGGACCCGGAGCUUGGACUGUUGGUGGCAGCUGCUGGCUUCUCUAUUGGCAUGGAUUCUGAGAAUAGUGAGGACCGAAGCAGCAAGUCUUCAACGGCUGCAAGUGCUCCAAGGCUUAGGCAUGAAGCGGUUGGAUUUGGGAGGGAGAGAGGCAAGGUGAAAAAUUUCGGUGGGAGAGGAUCAGGGAAUGUUGUACAACAAAGGGGUCAACGGGGGAGAGGGGGUGGCUUAGAUAACAUCAAGAAGUUUAGAGGAGAUCAGGUUAGAAUUGAGAAGGAGAAUUCACAUUCUAGUGCAGAGUCUGACUUGAGAAGCUCUAAUGCAGCCUUUGUGCAGAGGGGCAGCAUGGUUAGUAAUGGAAAGCAGAGUGAGAAGUCAGUAAAUUAUGAUGGAGAGAACAGUGAUGAAGCUCAGCCCAGUGAGGAAGUCCGAUCAGCUUACCAUAAAGAGAAUGGGGUGAUUGAAGAUUUAUCAAAGGAAGAUUUAGAUGCUGAAUUAUUGGCAGACAAGAAUGUUGAAAAAAGCGAGAGCCAUCAAUCCCACCCAAAUCUUGAUCCUUUUGUUGAGUCACUUGUUUUGCUUGAGGCAGCUCAGCAAGCUCUGGAAAGCGAAAUUGAGAAAUUCGGAGAAAUUGAGGAACCAGGCCUUGAUGACUUUGAUGAUGAUUAUGAAGAAGUGGAAGGUAGUAGUUCCCCAUCUCCUGAAGCUGAUUCAAUCCAAUUGAAUCAAAGGAUCGAACAACUUCAGUAUAAACUGGAAGAAGCAUUAGCAGCUGUCAGGUCUAGAGAAUCAAAGGUGCUUGAACUUGAAGCAAUCCUCAACAGAACUGAGUUGCCAAGAAAGGAAAUAGAGAACACUGAUCCACCAUUACUUAAAGAGAAGUGCAAGGAGAUGGAGUUUGAACUUGAGAGCCUGCUUGAGAAGAAGAUAGAGAUAGAAAUCGAGUAUUUGAUCAUGACAAGAGCUACUCGAAGCUGGAAAGUCAUGGCAGAAGAUCACAUUGCUCUCCUUGAGGACCAGAAGUCUCUUGCUGGGGAUCAAAUGCAGCUUAUGCAUAAGUUGAGAGAUACUGAGGUUAAGGUGACCAUGUUGACAGGGCAAAUGGGGGAAUUAGAGGCUUACUGUGCAGAGCUGGUAGGGGCCGAAGAGGUCUUGCGGCUGCAGAAUGAAGUCCUUAAGUCUUCUCUCUGUUGCUUUGUUCAGCUGGUAACGUUGUUUAUCGUAUUUUGGUGGUUUCUCAUGCAGUUGUUGCCCCCAUCUAAUGGGGUUGUGCCCACCUAAAUUUUGAAAACAACCCUCAUGUACUUCUAUCAGUUUCAGAAGAAGUUUGUGUGUAAGAUGUUAUUAGGCAAAUAUGAAUAUAUGUGCUUCCUUCUUAAUAUUCUUUAGCAACGAGUCAAUAAAUUUGCUAAUUGCAUCA